AUGGCAGAUUCAUUUCUUUUCCAGCUUGCGGGAGCAGUGGUUGAGGCUAUUGGUAGUGAGGCAGUAAAAGAGAUUGCAUCAAUCUGGGGUGUGAAAGAAGAUCUUGAUGAACUUGGGGAUACCCUUUCGACUAUCAAGGGUGUGCUUCGCAAUGCGGAGAAGCGGCAGCAGGGCGGAGAUAGAGUUGUUGAAAGUUGGCUGGAGAGGCUAGAACAUGUUGUUAAAGAUGUUGACAACUUGCUCGACGAUGUGUCCUAUGAAUCGCUGCGAAAAACUACUACGCCCGGCAAGAAGGUGUGCAAUCUCCUCUCACUCCCCAAGGGUCUUGUUUUCCGGCAUAAGGUUGCGCAUAGAAUUAAAGCUAUUAGGAGAAGGCUAGCUAAAAUUGGUGAGGAUAAAAACCACUUUGAUCUUCAACACAGCAAUGAUUCUGAGGAGAGCACAGUUCCCAAUAGAUCAGAGAGAGAGACUCACUCUUAUGUAAAUGAAGAAGAAGUCACCGGGAGGGAGAAGGAGAAAAAGGAGAUCCUAGAGCUACUUUCUUUGGGUGCAGAAAGCGAAACAAGUCAUGAGGAUCUUUCAGUUAUUCCUAUUGUUGGUAUUGGGGGCCUAGGAAAGACCACCCUUGCCAAACAAGUUUACAACGAUCCAAGAGUUAUCAAACAUUUCGAAUUGCGAAUAUGGGUAUAUGUCUCCGAAGAUUUUAAUGUGAGAUCGAUUGUUGAAAAGAUCAUUAAAUCCGAGGACCAGACUUUGGCACAAGGACUUCAUGAGAUGCAGCAGUUGCAAAGGAAACUUCGGGAGGAGAUAUUAAAUGGAAAAAGAUACCUCCUUGUGUUGGACGAUGUAUGGAAUGAAGAUCCUAUGAAAUGGGGAGAGCUGGAGACUUUGUUAAGGAAUAAUGGAAAAGGAGGGAAUAAGAUACUACUAACUACUCGCAAUGAAGACGUUUCAAAAAUCACAAGCAGAAUGGAACCAUAUUGCUUACAUAGUUUAGAUGGGGAUAACUCUUGGGAUCUGUUUAAGAGAAUUGCUUUUGUGCAAGUGGAGGAUCUAAUUGACAAUCACAAAGUUAGCAUUGGACGGGAGAUUGUCAAAAAAUGUCAUGGAAUUCCUCUUGCAAUAAAGUCAGUGGCAAGUCUAUUGCGGGCCAAUCCCGAAAUAGAUCAUUGGCUCUCCUUCAAAGAUAAACUUUCAAGCAUAUCUGAGGAUUCUCAAGGACAUGGUCAUAUUUUACAAACUCUCAGGUUGAGUUACGAAUUUCUUCCGUCAGCUACGAAACGUUGUUUUGCUUUUUUAAGCUUAUACCCCAAGGGCUAUGAAAUAGAUAAGAUUAUGUCAAUAGAUCACUGGUUGGCGCAAGGAUUUAUAACCUCGACAUCAAAUUCAAGUCAUGAACCUAUAGAGGAGGCAGCUCUUCGAUGUUUUGAAGGUCUAGUGUCGAGAUCAUUUCUUGAAUAUGAUCAGGGUUAUCAUGGCCAAUACAAAAUGCAUGACCUUGUCCAUGACCUUGCAGUUUGGGUUGGCGGAAAGAGGUAUGCUAUACUAAGCAACGAUGAGGCUACAAUUGAUGAAAGAAGUACUCGUUACGUAUCAUUGCAACUCAAUAAUCUCCGGCCGAGUUUCACGUCGCAGAUCCGAUCUUCGUUGGUUCAAGCAAAAAUGAUUCAGUCAAUUAUCAUCCCUACUGAAUCAAAUUUUGCAAUCGUCGACAGGAGAUUUGAACCAUCCUUUUAUAAGGAAAUGCUUUCGAAGUUCAAGUUCUUGCGUAGUUUGGAUCUACAUAACUCGGGGAUUGAAAUAGUUCCAGAAUCAAUUGCCAAGUUGAAGCACUUGAGAACUCUCGACCUUUCUCGAAACGUGGAGCUGAAGACGUUGCCGGAUUCUAUUAGCAAGCUUCUGAAUCUGCAGUCACUGAAUCUUUCCUCAUGUUUCAGUCUUGAAGAAUUGCCAAGAGGGGUUUCACAACUGGUCAACCUCAGGAAUCUCAGGCUAGAUUAUUGUCAUUGUUUGACUCAUUUGCCAUCGGGACUAGGCCAACUUAGUAACCUUCAAACCUUGUCCCGAUUGGUAUUGAGUGAGGACAGUCAAAGCGCCAAGGUAGAAGAUUUAAGGAAUCUAAAUAGCUUGAGAGGUGGGUUGGAGAUUAGAAAUUUGAAGCAUGGCAUGGACAUUGAAGUUGCAAAUUUUGGAGAAAAACGUUAUCUGCAAUCCUUAAGCUUAUUUUGGGGUCAUGAUGUUGCUAUGGAUGCUAUUGGUCAUGAAAGGACAUUGAGAGGCACUCAAUACAUCCCAAGUCUUAAAGAUUUCACCUUAAAUGGUUAUGGGGGUGUUUGUCUUUCGAGUUGGUUUCCAUUCACAAAAUUAGUUUUGUUGAAGCUUGAAAUGAUGCCCGCUCUUGAGUAUGUCACGGGUAGUAGUUGCGAGCGUUCAAGACAAUCAAUGAUUAUGCCAUCGCUAAAAGAGCUGAGACUGACAAAUUUGCCAAAUUUAAAGGGAUGGUGGAGAGAAAUGGACAAGGGCAAUGAAGAUGAUUCUGAUCUCUUCAUGUUGCCUUGUUUUCCUCAGCUUGGAUCAUUAUAUAUUUGCCAUUGUCCACGGUUGACAUGCAUGCCACUUUUCCCAUUUCUUGACUGGGAGCUGCAGCUGAGGAAUACAAGCUGGAAACUAUUGUUAAAAACAAUUAAGCAAAAACAAAUUAAUCCGCAAAUGGAUGAAAUGUCUGCUUCAUCAUCAACAAGUACUUUCUGUGCCUCACUCUCCAAAGUGCAGCGCGUCAUUCUUUCAAAGAAUGAUGAUCUAGAGUUUUUUCCGGACUACCUACGGAAUCUCACUUCUAUGUGGUACUUGAAGAUUGAGGAAUUCCCGAGACUAAAGUCUUUAUCUCCAGGUGUUCAAUACUUUGUGUCGCUUAUAGAACUACACAUUGGAAGCUGUGAAAUGGUUGAUCUGUGUGAUGACAGUGUAUGGCAAAGCCUUAGAAGACUUACUCAUUUGAGCCUUCGAGAGCUACCGCAACUAGUGGAUCUUCCCGAUGGGCUUCAGCAUGUUACAACACUAUAG